GAAAUAAAAUUCAAUCACAUUCAUAAGGAAUACAAAUUUCGUCAAGUGAUAAUUUGUCUGUUUCCUUCCAGGAGGCCGUCGCCGGGGCUAGACAGCAGCAUUCCGCUUUUGUCACCAUGACAGAAGCCAUCUCCGUCGUCGCCUCCGCCGCCGGUUCAGCUGCUCCUGCUAAGUGGGGCACCGUCACAAGGCAGACGCCCCAAAAAUAGAAAUCCCCAUAGACAGGAGGAGGAGGAGAAGGAGGAGAAGGAGGAGGAGCACAGAGAGAUGCCGCCCAGUACCGUUUUGCAAAUGCCGCCAGCUCCGUCAUCCUCAUCGUCGUCGUCACAAUCCGGCCUGGUGCUGGGCGUCUGCUGUGACCAGCUGAUGGCGGCGACGAUGCACCCGUUGCAGCGAACAUCCGGAGCAGCAGCGACCUCCAAAUGGGGGAGCAGCGGCAGUCACAAGGAGAAGCAUCUGGUCGAGGGGGCGGCCGCCAUGUCUUCCAGGUGGAUGCCGCCGCCCGUUUUCAUUGUCCUGGCCUCGCUCCUUGAGAUAGCUGUCUUUGUGUGCGCGGGCUCUGAGCCUCCGGAGGAUUCCCUGCUGGUGUAUCGUCCCGACCAACGCCUCCAGCUGUGGCGAUUCCUCAGCUACGCCCUGCUCCACGCCAGCUGGCGGCACCUGGGCUUUAACGUGCUCACCCAGCUGCUCUUUGGCCUGCCCCUGGAGCUGGUGCACGGAUCACUGCGCACUGGGAUCAUCUACAUGGCGGGAGUCCUGGCCGGUUCACUGGGAACUUCGGUUGUGGACUCGGAGGUGUAUCUGGUGGGUGCCAGUGGCGGAGUCUAUGCCCUGCUGGCCGCCCAAUUGGCCAGCCUCUUGCUCAACUUUGGACAAAUGCGAAACGGAGUUGUCCAGCUGAUGGCUGUGAUUGUGUUUGUCUUCUGCGAUCUGGGCUAUUCCCUUUACACCCGAGAACUGGAAGUCCAGCAUCUGCAGGCACGGCCUUCGGUGUCGUAUAUUGCCCACAUGACGGGAGCCUUGGCCGGGAUCAGUGUGGGCCUGCUGCUCCUCCGGCAGCUGGAUGGAGGACUGCGUCCACGCCUCCUCCGCUGGCUGGCCCUGGGCGUGUGGUGCCUGUUUAGUGCCUUCGGGAUUGCCUUCAACCUGGUCAACACGGUCACAGCCCAGCUGCUGGCGGAGGAGGAGGGUCAGGUGAUCCGGCAGCACCUGAUGCACGACCUCGGAAUGGGCUGAGGAGGAGCCCAAGACUGCAUUCGCUCUCUGCCCCUAGGCUUUAGUCUAGUCACUAGUCGGUAAGACCCACUCCCAGGAAGGACAGUGUGCUCAAAAGAACGUAUACUUAUAAUUAAAUCACAUAUCGGAUAUUCCCAAAUAUCCCUGGCUCCCGCUUCAAGAGGGGGAACGCUCAAAAUACUCUUAGCCCAUAAGUCCCAACUUGUAUCUUAUGCCAAUGCCAAAGGAGUGCGCAGAAGGAGGAGAGUUACUCGAAGGCCCUUCAAGAACUGAGCCUGGCUCACAUCAAAGACUUUGGAUCGGGUUUGUGUUGCUAUCUGACCGUCGAUGGACACUCGUUCGUCGGGUUGACUACUUAGUUGUAAUGCCAAACCAGAGCUUAAAGACAGAUUAAAUAUAUAUAUCCCCAGUAAAUGAAA